AUGUUUGGAGGAAAUCCCAAUGCAGACCUGUAUUAUAAAACAUUCAGUGAUCCACUGUACGUAGCAAUGUUUAAGAUGCUCAGAGAUACACUGUAUAACAUGAAAGACCUCCCAACCUCAUUUGUGAAGGAGAUCCAUGACUUUGUGCUUGAACAGUUCAACAGUAGCCAGUCAGAGCUACAGAAGAUUCUUCAUGAUGUAGAAAAGUUACACAAUGAACUUAGCCCUUUGAAGCUCAGGUGUCAAGCAAAUGCAGCCUGUGUGGACCUCAUGGUGUGGGCAGUAAAGGAUGAGCAAGGUGCAGAAAACCUGUGCAUUAAACUUUCUGAAAAACUGCAGUCCAAGACAUCCAGCAAAGUUAUCAUAGCCCACAUGCCUCUCCUGAUCUGCUGCUUACAGGGUCUAGGGCGCCUUUGUGAGCGUUUCCCUGUAGUGGUUCACUCUGUGACUCCAUCUCUUCGUGAUUUCCUGGUGAUACCAUCUCCAGUGCUGGUGAAGCUGUAUAAAUAUCACAGCCAAAAUCAGACAGUAGGGGCCAAUGAUAUCAAGAUUAGCAUCACCAAUGAGCACUCUGAAUCCACAAUGAACGUUAUUCAUGGCAAGAAGAGCCAACCAUCUAUGUAUGAACAGCUUCGGGACAUUGCUAUUGAGAACAUAUGCAGGUGUCUAAAGGCAGGUUUAACCACUGAUCCGGUUAUUGUGGAAGCCUUUCUGGCUAGUUUAUCCAAUCGCCUUUACAUAUCCCAGGAGAAUGAAAAGGAUGCUCAUCUGAUUCCAGAUCAUACAAUCCGUGCUCUGGGACACAUUGCAGUGGCACUGAGGGAUACCCCAAAGGUGAUGGAGCCAAUCCUUCAGAUAUUGCAGCAGAAGUUCUGCCAGCCACCAUCACCACUUGAUGUGCUCAUCAUAGACCAACUGGGGUGUAUGGUGAUAACUGGCAAUCAAUACAUUUACCAGGAAGUGUGGAAUCUCUUCCAGCAGAUUAGUGUGAAAGCCAGCUCAGUUGUCUAUUCUGCCACCAAAGAUUACAAAGAUCAUGGCUAUAGACACUGUUCCUUGGCAGUCAUAAAUGCACUGGCGAAUAUUGCGGCCAACAUCCAGGGAGAGCAGCUGGUGGAUGAGCUUUUGAUGAACCUAUUAGAGCUAUUUGUCCAGUUGGGGCUAGAGGGAAAACGGGCCAGUGAAAGAGCCAGUGAAAAAGGCCCAGCACUGAAGGCAUCUAGUAGUGCCGGAAACCUUGGAGUCCUAAUUCCUGUCAUUGCUGUGCUAACUCGAAGAUUACAACCCAUCAAAGAGGCCAAGCCGCGUUUACAGAAGCUCUUCCGAGACUUCUGGUUGUAUUCUGUUCUUAUGGGCUUUGCAGUGGAAGGAUCAGGUCUGUGGCCUGAAGAGUGGUAUGAGGGAGUCUGUGAAAUAGCAACAAAAUCUCCUUUGCUGACUUUCCCCAGCAAGGAACCUUUGCGGUCUGUCCUUCAGUACAACUCCGCAAUGAAGAAUGACACCGUAACACCUGCAGAGCUAAAUGAGCUAAGAAGCACUAUUAUUAAUCUGCUGGAUCCAGCCCCAGAAGUAUGUCAAAAUAUCAACAAACUAGACUUUGCCAUGUCCACUUACCUGCUCUCUGUGUAUCGGUUAGAGCAUAUGAGGGUUUUACACUCCACAGAUAAGGACCGUUUCCAGGUCAUGUUCUUUUACUUUGAGGAUAAAGCUAUUCAAAAGGACAAAUCAGGAAUGAUGCAGUGCAUUAUUGCUGUAGCUGAUAAAGUAUUUGAUGCCUUUCUAGCAGUGAUGGCUGAUAAGCCCAAAACGAAAGAGAAUGAGGAAGAAUUGGAAAGGCAUGCUCAGUUCCUGUUAGUUAAUUUCAAUCACAUUCAUAAGCGCAUCAGGCGGGUGGCAGACAAAUAUUUAUCUGGACUGGUAGACAAAUUUCCUCACUUGCUGUGGAGUGGGAAGGUGCUGAAAACCAUGCUGGAUAUUUUGCAGACCUUGUCUCUCUCACUCAGUGCAGACAUUCACAAGGACCAACCAUAUUACGACAUUCCAGAUGCCCCAUACAGGAUAACGGUUCCUGAUACAUAUGAAGCUAGAGAGAGCAUUGUAAAGGACUUUGCUGCUCGCUGUGGAAUGAUCCUUCAAGAAGCAAUGAAGUGGGCACCAUCAGUGACCAAAUCCCAUCUGCAGGAAUACUUGAACAAGCACCAGAACUGGAUGUCUGGCCUGUCUCAGCACACAGGGCUUGCUAUGGCUACUGAGAGCAUACUGCACUUUGCUGGCUACAACAGGCAGAACACGACUUUAGGGCCAACUCAGCUAACAGAGCGCCCAGCCUGUGUGAAGAAGGAUUACUCCAAUUUUAUGGCAUCUCUUAACCUGCGCAACCGUUACGCUGGAGAGGUUGCUGGCAUGAUCGAGUUUUCUAAUGCUACUGGUCGCACGUCUGACCUGAAUAAACUAAUGAUGAAACACCUGAUUGAUGCUCUGGACUCGGGGCUGCCAGAGUCAUAUACACAGGUCAUGUUCAAGCUGACAGCCUUGCUCAUAAGCAGUAAAGAAUGUGAUGCUCAGCUUUUGCACCAUCUCUGCUGGGCUCCACUUCGCAUGUUUACUGACCAUGGGAUGGAGACCGCUAUUGCCUGCUGGGAAUGGCUUUUGGCAGCUAAGAAUGGGAUUGAAGUGCCGUUCAUGCGGGAGAUGGCUGGAGCUUGGCAAAUGACAGUAGAGCAGAAGAUUGGAGUGUUCUCACCUGAGCUGAAGGAAGCUGAUCCCCUGGCUGCCUCGGAGCAGAGCCAACCUCAUCCAUGUCCACCGGAAGUGAAUCCGCACUAUAUAUGGAUUGAUUUCCUGAUGCAGCGGUUUGAAAUCGCUAAGUACUGCAGCUCAGACCAGAUCGAGAUAUUCUCUAGCCUUCUACAGCGCUCCCUCUCUCUGAAUAUUGGAGGAUCAAAAGGCAGCAUUAACAGACAUGUGGCAGCCAUUGGUCCUAGGUUCAAGCUGUUGACCCUUGGGUUAUCAUUACUGCAUGCAGAUGUGGUCCCAAAUGCCACCAUCCGUAAUGUUCUUAGAGAGAAAAUAUAUUCCACAGCAUUUGAUUACUUCAGUUCUUCGCCUAAAUGCCCAACACAAACGGAGAAGCAGCUGAGAGAAGAUAUUAGCAUCUUGAUAAAGUUUUGGACGGCUAUGUUUUCUGAUAAGAAGUAUCUUACUGCAAACCAGUUGGUUCCUCCAGUUGUGGAUGUCACUCGCAGCAAUUUGGAUGUGACAGUGGGUUCUCGACAGCAGACCACACAAGGAUGGAUCAACACAUACCCAUUAUCCAGUGGCAUGUCUACCAUCUCUAAAAAGUCAGGGCUGACAAAGAAAACAAACAGAGGGACACAACUCCACAAAUAUUACAUGAAAAGGAGGACUCUUCUCUUAUCUCUGUUGGCUACAGAGAUUGACCGACUAACCACCUGGUACAACCCUCUCUCUUCUCCUGAGUUAGAGCUUGAUCAGACAGGAGAAAACAGUGUGGCAAACUGGAGAUCAAAGUACAUCAGCCUGAGUGAGAAGCAAUGGAAAGACAAUGUGAACUUAGCCUGGAGCAUUUCCCCUCACUUGGCAGUCCAGUUACCAACAAGAUUUAAAAACACCGAAGCAAUUGGAGGAGAAGUGACUCGCCUAGUGAGACUGGAUCCAGGUGCUGUCAGUGACAUCCCUGAGGCUAUAAAAUAUUUGGUAACGUGGCAUACGAUCGAUGCCGACGCUCCUGAACUCAGCCACAUUCUUUGCUGGGCACCAACUGAUCCACCCACUGGACUUUCUUACUUUUCCAGCAUGUAUCCUCCACAUCCACUAACUGCACAGUAUGGAGUCAAAGUUCUACGAUCAUUCCCUCCGGAUGCCAUCCUAUUUUACAUUCCACAAAUUGUUCAGGCUCUGCGGUUUGACAAGAUGGGUUAUGUCCGGGAAUACAUACUAUGGGCAGCUGCAAAAUCCCAGCUUCUUGCUCAUCAGUUUAUAUGGAACAUGAAGACCAACAUUUUUUUAGAUGAAGAAGCACACCAGAAGGAUCCUGACAUUGGAGAUCUACUGGAACAGCUGGUUGAGGAAAUUACUGGAUCCUUGUCCGGGCCUGCCAAAGAUUUUUACCAACGCGAGUUUGAUUUUUUCAAUGAAAUAACGAACGUGUCAGCGAUCAUUAAGCCAUAUCCUAAAGGAGAUGAACGGAAGAAGGCUUGCCUAAGUGCUCUGUCUGAAGUAAAAGUCCAGCCAGGAUGUUACCUGCCUAGUAAUCCAGAGGCCAUCGUCUUGGAUAUUGAUUACAAAUCUGGAACUCCUAUGCAGAGUGCUGCAAAAGCUCCAUAUCUGGCGAAGUUCAAGGUGAAGAGAUGUGGAGUGAGUGAGCUGGAGAAAGAAGGCCUUCGCUGCCGCUCUGAUUCUAUUGAUGAAAGUGAGGAGGAAGGUGGUGAUAAAAAGAUUUGCUGGCAGGCAGCCAUAUUUAAAGUUGGCGAUGACUGCAGACAAGACAUGCUGGCUCUGCAGAUCAUAGAUUUAUUCAAGAACAUUUUCCAACUCGUUGGACUCGACCUCUUUGUUUUUUCCAUAUAGAGUGGUGGCGACAGCUCCUGGGUGCGGGGUUAUUGAGUGCAUUCCAGACUGCACCUCAAGGGAUCAGCUGGGCCGUCAGACAGAUUUUGGCAUGUAUGAUUACUUCACUCGCCAGUAUGGGGAUGAGUCUACCCUAGCAUUUCAGAAGGCCCGGUAUAAUUUCAUCAGGAGUAUGGCAGCCUAUAGCCUCCUGCUCUUCCUGCUGCAAAUUAAAGACAGACACAAUGGCAAUAUAAUGCUGGAUAAAUUGGGUCACAUCAUCCACAUUGAUUUUGGAUUUAUGUUUGAGAGCUCUCCAGGAGGCAACCUAGGAUGGGAACCCGACAUAAAGCUGACUGAUGAGAUGGUGAUGAUCAUGGGAGGCAAAAUGGAAGCUACACCUUUCAAGUGGUUCAUGGAGAUGUGUGUGCGUGGGUACCUGGCUGUGCGGCCAUAUAUGGAUGCGGUAGUGUCAUUGGUCACCCUCAUGUUGGAUACAGGACUACCAUGCUUUCGUGGACAAACCAUUAAGUUGCUUAAGCACAGGUUCAGUCCCAACAUGACGGAGAGGGAAGCAGCCAAUUUCAUCCUGAAGAUUAUUCAGAACUGUUUCCUAAGCAACAGGAGCAAAACAUAUGAUAUGAUCCAGUACUACCAGAAUGACAUCCCAUACUGA